AUGAAACCAGGGUAUAACAUGGACAGCCUCCCAGGCAGCUUGCCCCCCGACUUGAUCCCGAGAGAUGUUAACGUUGAAUCGGUCCAAGAGCUCGCCCAACGGACCCUAGAAACUGGAAGUCUGGACUCGAAUGCCCUGCAGACAACGGCGCUUUGGAGGGACCACCUGGCACUGACCGGUCAAGUACGAACAUUCUACAGCAAUGAAAAGAUAGUCGAGAUAUGGAACAAUCGAGCAAAGUCAUCCCAUCUUUCCGACUUCAAGACCAAGGCUGCCCGUGUCAUGAGACCCGUGCCCAACAGCUCGUGGAUCGACGUCACGUUUGAGUUCACGACCAAGCCGGAGGGCGGACUUGUGGGUAAUUGCACCGGCGCCGUCUCCUUCGUCCCCGACAAGGACGGGAAAUGGGUGAUCUGGAUGCUUGUGACUAUCUUGGAGAAUUUUGCAGAUCACGGGCAUCCCGACGUCCCUCGCCUGGGGAAGAACGCUAUUGCCAACGGCGAGACCAAUGAGCAGGUCAACGGUCAUGCUAACGGUCAGGCCAAUGACGAGGCCAAUGGCGUCCAGGCCCACGAGAAGGACUCUGACAUUGACCAUGACUUUGAUGUCGUGGUGAUCGGAGCAGGUCAGUGUGGCCUGUCUGUGGCUGGCAGGCUUGACGCUCUAGGGUUGAGGUACGUGCUCCUGGAGAAACGCCCGUCCCUGGGGAAGAACUGGAUCGGAAGAUAUGAGACGGUGAGACAGCACACUGUUCGAGAAUAUAACAACCUUCCAUUCGCGCGCACAUGGAAGCCGGACGAUCCAAUACUGCUGCCUGGGAAGAUCGUGGCAGAGGGGUUCGAAAACUACGUGAAAAAGUACGGCAUCAACUUGUGGACAAAUGCAGAGACCACGAGUGCGACUUGGGCACCAGAAAGCCGAGCCUGGACGCUAAAUGUCUCGCUUAACGGGCAAGAGCAGCGCAAGCUUCGCUGUCGGCAUCUCAUCAUCUCGGUUGGCGCGGGUUUUGGUGUGGACAAUGAUCCCAAGAUUCCCGGAACAGACGAGUACCAGGGCAUCCUGAUGCACUCGGGAGCCUACAAACAUAGCCGCGACUGGGUAACCAAGGACGGCAUUGUCAUCGGCUCCGGCACCAUGGCCCACGAUAUCGCCGAAGACAUGUACAGGGCGGGCCUCCGCUCCGUUCACAUGAUCCAGCGCAGCAAAACGUGCGUCUACCCGAUCGAGUGGGUAAUCAAGGGCCAAUCCGGUGUCUUCAACAACGACAUUCCAACAGCAGUCGCGGACGCCAUGAGCGCGGGCGUCCCCAACAAAAUCUCCCGCGACAUCGUCAAGGUCCAGUACGACACCGCCACCGCGGCUGAGUCUUACCGUUUCGACGCCCUUGAGCGCGCCGGCUUUCGCGUUGACCGCACCACUCCCCUGAUGGACAACAUUCUCAUGCGCUACGGCGGCUAUUACGUCGACAUUGGCGCCUCCGCCCACAUCGUCCGCGGCGAGAUUAAAGUCAAAUCCGGCGUUCCCAUCACCAAUUUCACACCCCACGGCCUGAAAUUUCAAGAUGGAAGCGAGCUGCGAGCGGACGUCGUGGUCAUCGCCACCGGACAGGACCACGACUACCGCAACCAGGUCGGCGAAAUCGUCGGACGAGAUUACGCCUCGCGGUUGGGUGAGUUCUGGGGGUUGGACGAGGAAGGCGAGGUGCGCAAUAUCAUGAAACCCGCCGCUCCUGGGUUGUGGAUGUUUGGAGGGACAGCCCCCCAGGCUCGUUGGUGGUCUCGGUUCGUUGCUCUGGCAAUUCAAUCUGACAUCCUAGGGAAGCCGAUUGAAUGUGUAAAGCAGGUUGGGUGA